AUGGAAGAAAGUGAUCAUCAUCAGCAAGAGCAAGCCAACAAUGAUCCAGCUGAUACCAGCAGGUCAUAUGGAUGUGUAUUCUGCAAAAGAGGGUUCACCACAGCUCAAGCAUUGGGUGGUCAUAUGAACAUCCAUAGGAGAGAUAGAGCAAAGACCAAACAGAUUGAAGCUCCAUCAGUUUCAAAUGUACCUGAUUCUUCACAAAUUUCAAGCCAUCAAACACCUUAUUCUCCAACCUCAGAGGCAAAAAGAAGUUAUCACACUUAUUUUCCUUCAACCACAUCAAACCCUAGAUAUCCACAUGCAUACCAUGCAAAUGAUGAACUUCACAUUCAAUCAAGACCAAAGCCAUAUGAGGAAGACUGGAGCACAGCUUUGAGUUUACAGAUUGGUUCAACACAAAUACAACAAAGUGAGAAAGAGGAGAAGCAAAAGAAGGAAGUAGAUUUGGAACUUCGACUUGGCCAUGAUCCAUAG